UACGACACGCUGACGUCAGAUGUGUGAACAACAAACGCUUGUUGGACUUUACGAGCUAGCCUGCCGCCUACCUGCGAAUGAACGCGUUAGACAAAAACACGUCCAACUUACUGUACUUUCCGCGGACUUGUCCGCCUACUGGAUACAUAGCUCCUAAAAAAACCCCGAAUGCUAGUCCGGACCGAGAGUAUGUGUCUGCUCUCGAGCCCCUCGGAGACAUGCUGAAGAGGUCUCGGUCGGUGUAUGUCGGUGUGACGCCUGUUUGUUUUCCAUCCGCCAGUGCUGUUCGACGAGCUGAGAUGUGAGCCGAUUGUUGCGGCGCGACACUCGAAGUGAGACGACCACAACGAUUACUUUCCAUGCGUCCUAAAUAAUGCACUUCGAGGUCCUACGUGACACGGCAGGUAUGCGAGGAUGCCUGGGCCUAGGUGUCAUUGCGGGGCAUCGACUGUAGCACGCUAGCUAACAGCAGGUCAACUCGCCUAGUUCCAAAUGAAUAAGUCACUGUAAAAAAAAAUAAAAUAAGAAAAAGAUCACUCUGCUAAUGUACCGGAGACGCCCAGACUGACUGGCUGGCUGGUAGUCCUUUAUUAACUGCUGUCAACCUCCAUCCAUUGUCAAUUUAGUGGCAUAAAGUUGCCUCCGAACUGCGAUUGCAAUUUCGCAUGUCACACAGGCAUCUUCUGGUGUGUUAUUGAUGAUCUCUACACUCGCACUCUAAUUCAAAAAACAGUCAUCAAAGUGUCCACUUGAGAAUUUUGCAGCCUGUUAACCAUAUCCCUGUCAAUUUGCCGGUCGAGGCUGUUUGCUAAGAGUGAAAGACUUUUGCGUUGGACUGGACAUGAAAACGUGAAUAUCAGAGAGCAGCGUCUCGAUCUGUGCAAUAUCAAGACCGAAACGAGCAUGGACGAUGGUCAUCGUAACACUACCUUCUGCACGGACGGAGUCUGCAUCUCUGAGCUGAUCGGUGAUACCGAUAGGCAAACAGUGCUCCCCGUUGAAACCAUGCCUCAGCUCACUGACAACCUUCUGGUGGCCAAGGGGGACAACCACCAGGUUAAGGACACACUGGAAAUUGAUGAGGUCAAUGGGAAUAGACAGAGCAGUGGCCACACUCGGUCACCGAACCCGACUGACUCAUUCUUCCCAAGCGAUGGGGACCACAAAGAAAACGGUGCUGUUGAUAAAAUGAAGGACCCAAAGGACGCCGAACCCCUUACGUUAAAUGACCCGGUUGAAGAAGACGAUGGCGGGGAGAUGGACAUGGGUGUGGACCUGAGCUUGGACGAGAGCGGCGUGCUGGAAGCCGAGAUAACUGUCCCGUUGCAGUCAGGUGGUAUUUCAGACCCCUCGAGGCAAGUUGUCCUGGCUGACAGCGAGGCAGAUAGCCAGUCAAACUCACGCCAUACAGGCGAGCCAACUGGCACGGACCAUGCUGUGCUGUAUCCCACAGUGGAGGAAGAGGAUGAUAAACACAAGCUAAGUGGCAAGAGGGUGACGUUUCCUUCAGAUGACGACAUUGUUUCUGGAGCAGUGGAACCGAAGGACCCCUGGAGACAUGCUCAGAAUGUGACAGUGGACGACAUCCUGUCUUCGUAUAAACAGGCCUGUCACAAGCUCAACUGUAAGCCCAUUCCUAAAGUGCUCAAACAGAUUCAGGAACUUAAAGACCUGACCCAGCGAAAUGAAUGCUUGGAUCUAAAAGGUGAAAAAUUGGACUACAAGGCUUGCGAGUCCCUGGAAGAAGUUUUAAAGAGAGUCCAGUUUAAAGUGAUAGACCUGGAGCAGACCAACUUAGAUGAAGAUGGCGCCUCGGCUCUGUUUGACAUGAUCGAGUACUACGAGUCAGCCACACACCUCAACAUCUCCUUCAACAAGCACAUCGGCACGCGGGGAUGGCAAGCCGCCGCUCACAUGAUGAGGAAGACAAGCUCUCUGCAGUAUCUGGAUGCAAGAAACACGCCACUACUGGACCAUUCGGCUCCCUUUGUGGCUCGAGCGCUCAGGAUCAGCGGCAGCCUGGCUGUCCUGCACCUGGAGAAUGCCGGCUUAUCCGGCAGACCGCUCAUGUUGCUGGCAACGGCUCUGAAGAUGAACAUGAACCUGCGGGAGUUGUACCUUGCCGACAACAAGCUCAACGGCCUGCAGGAUUCAGCCCAGCUCGGCAACCUGCUCAAGUUCAAUUACAACAUCCAAAUUCUGGACCUGCGCAACAACCACAUUCUGGACUCAGGUUUGGCCUAUGUGUGUGAAGGACUAAAAGAGCAGAGGAAAGGCCUCGUCACAUUGGUGCUAUGGAACAACCAGCUGACACACAAUGGCAUGGGCUACCUUGCUGCUGCACUGCCUUGCACCCAAAGUCUGGAGACACUAAACCUGGGUCAUAACUCAGUGGGCAAUGAAGGCAUCCACAAGCUGAAAGAUGGACUGAUCGCCAAUCGCUCUGUGCUUAGACUCGGCCUCGCCUCCACUAAACUGUCCUGUGAAGGGGCGGUAGCGGUGGCCGAAUUUAUCGCCGAGAGCCCGAGGCUGCUGCGUCUGGAUCUGCGAGAAAAUGAGAUCAAGACAGGUGGACUGAUGGCGCUGUCGCUCGCCUUGAAAGUCAACACCUCCCUGCUGCGCCUCGACCUAGACCGGGAGCCCAAGAAAGAAACUGUGAAGAGUUUCAUUGAGACGCAGCGUGCCUUGCUGGCCGAAAUCCAGAACGGCUGCAAGAGGAACUUCAUCCUGGCUAAGGAGAGGGAGGAAACGGAGCAAAUGAUGAGGCAGUCGGCAUCCAUGGCCGAAAUUGCCACCGAAGACGGAACAAGAGAAGAAGAAGGGGAGGAAAGCAAUGACCGGAAACGAGGGGAUCAAACAGGAAGCGAAGGACAGCCGAGCAGCGAGGCGAAGGCAAGCACCGAGGUGAGUGUUUCUCCGCUGAACCUGGACUCUGACUCCGACACUGAAGAUGAGGAGGAAAUCAUCACGAAGGCCUCGUCUGAGUCAAACACGCUUCAAAGUCCGACUCCCCCUCAAAUUGAAGUGGUUGCGCCCAUGUUGAGUCCCUUACAAGCAUCCCCGCCGCCCUCAACGAACAUCAUUUCAGGAAUCACCGUUACCGACAGCCCGGUUUCUCCGGGCACGCCUCCCUCUCCGGGCCGCUGCAUAUCAGUCUCCAGUCCCGGGCGGGGUCACAAGAUCUUCAUGGUGACUCGGGUGGAGAGUCCACCAGAGGCUCAGAUGGGCGCAGGCCACACCCAGGAGCCAUUGAAGGAGACUUCAGAAACCGGCGCAGGCUCUGCCAAGCAAAUGCAGCCGACGCACGAAAACUUACACGGCACCACGCCGAACCGCACGCGAGAGCCCAGCCGCGACCACGACGUCAUUGGCAACUCUUUAGAGCCGCCACCGACAAGUGAACAAUCGCCAGCCUCGAAUUUAAGCCCUUCGUCUGCUCAGCCUGCAGGCCUCAAACCAGAGAGCCCCGAUGAGGAACUGAAAGAUGCUCUUCUAGUGGAGGAGAGUAGAGAGGUGCCGCUGGAAGCCACAAGUGGCGACUCCGAAGAGGAAAUCCAGACCUCAGCAUCCACACAGGACCAACUAACGCAAGGCUCCGAACGUCAUGACAACACAAAAGACGUGAACGCCAGCUCCUUGACCGUGACCACAAACGACGGCCACAGUCUAAAACUGGAUGGAGAACAUCAUCAAACUGAGCUAGAUGGACAGGAAGUAGCACAGCCCGUCCCCUCCGACCAACCGACAUCCGUCACUGCCGUCCAACCUGAAACGGAGGACUCCGCCGAUGAGAGCUCCGCCGAUGAGGGCGAGCCGAAGGUCGUCAGUUCACUUUUGCCCAACGGCAUGAAGCCCGAAUUCUCUCUCCACCUCCUCGACACCGACAGCCCCAAACCUGGCAGCUGUGUCAUGGAACACGUGAGUGUGAGCUGCACACAAGACCUGGAGGAGCUCCUUCUGGAAGCCAGUUUGGACACCGGCAGAGAUGCUCCAUGAAAAAGGUUUUACAGGUGAAACUCGGCAUUUAAAGCGGGAUACACACACAGUGGUUUCUAGGGGCUGCCGAACACGAUUGAAAAAAUGUUAGAUUAACCGGAUGGCUGAUUUAAUUGGCCGAAAUUAGCCGUUUUAAACUUGGCAAAAAUGGGCAGGGUUUUUUUGUUUGUUUGGGGUUUUUUUUGUUUUUUUUUUUUGUUUUUGCUUGCACAAUAACGUAAUACAGCAAUAAAAAUGACAUUCAAACAUUCAUUACCCCUCCCCCUGAAAAAAAAUCACAAAUGAAACCACUGCUGAGGAGCAUGGAGCAGAUACUCACACAGAAUUAAUUGCAUGGUAACUGGCCAUUCUGACUGACUCCAACUUCUGACCUCAUUCAGCAGGCAACACCCCGUAAAGGCACCACAGUACUGCGGUUGUAUAGUAAUUAGAAGGGCCUGGAUGACAUUUAGCUCUUUUUAAAAUCAGCAAAUAUCGGACUAUUUUUGCUAGGGGGGGUUUAAAUUCAAUUUUUUUUUUUUUUUUAUUCAUUAGCAAAUUAUAACAAUACAAAGAUAAUGGCAUUCAAACAUUCACCCUAGCCCCACCCCUAAAAUUCAGAUAAUUAUUGCCGAUUUUUCUCUGUUCUAAAGCUGAACAUACUGCAGGACAAAAUUUUGUAAAACAAUGCACUGUUCUGCCUGUAAUUUAUAUCUUUAUUGAUGUGAGCUCAAAUUGAUCAAAAAGUUAUUUUAUUCAUUAUAUACUUUUUUUUAAAUUAAUCGUCAAAGUUACCGGUUAUCCAAUUAUCCAGCCAAAUAUCGAAAUUGGCAGGGGUUUCAAAAAAUCUAUUUCCCUUUGCUGCAUGCCAAACAUUUACCGGCACGCUGCUACGGAACAACUGUGAUGCUCAAUCCAAAUGGGAUGAAAAUGCCCAAGCGCUGCAGUCCUACCAAUACAACAACAUUUCAGGUUCUAAUACUACUUUUCACCACAGCUUCCAUUCCACAAAGUGUUCUCAGCUAACUUCCUGUCUUCCACAGGUCCUGUGAGGACAGGAGAGAAUCCAGAACUAGUUCUCUGACCUUAGCAAAUCCAGGCAUCUCUUCCAAAGGACGCAAAAGUCAAAAACGCUCAAGUGUUCUAAAUGAGUUCUGCUAAUUAUCGAAGGACACGAACACACACACACACACACACACACACACACACAAAUAAUAAAUGAAUGAAUAAAUAAACGUGACGUCACUACAACCAUUGAAGCGUGUGUGCAAGGGGAACAAAGACCAAGUAACCAUGCUGUCAUCACAUUUUUUUUUUCUAUUCUUUCCAUGGCAACACGGGAGCAAGAAGAAAAACACUAACCAAAGACCAAUCGGGUGUGCAUGUGUGCGCGCGUGUGCGGGUGCCAUCAGGAAAGCUUUCAGUGCUAGCUUGGGCAGCACACAAAUAACAAUUGUGGACCCUGCUGAGCACACCUCCCGGCUUUAAUGUCACAGCACUGCAUUCAGUGACCAUCAAGGGGUCUUAUUUUUCGUCCUUCUCAUCCUUGUUCCGAGUUUCAAGGGACCUGCGCCAAAGUGAUCCCGCCUUCCGGUUUUCGUCUUGUCUGGUUGUCACUUUGGCCCCUCAGGAAUCAACACAAACCAAACCUGAAGCCACAACCCCCAGUGCUUUCUUUUCAGGUUGCUCAAAUCAAUAAAUCAUCUUCUCUUCCUCCUUUUCUUCACCCGUUUUCUUUUUUUUGGGGGGGGGGGGCACCUUUGACAAAUCAUUUGUAUUUAUUUGAUGAGUUUUGGGAAUUAUCCAGCCUCCACUCCUAGAUUUGUUUUAAAACCCCACCCUGUAUUAGAUUUAUAUAUUUCAAUUAGAGGAAAUACUUUUUGGGCGGGGCGAGGGGCAUUGGGGGAGCGGGGGCGGGGGGGCAAGUUUGGAGUGCUUGACUUGUUAAGUAGCAGUCGGGGUGCAUUCCUGAUAAGGCAAAUCAAGUAACCCGGAAGCAACAUGUCACGUGGUGCCGCUGACGCCAGUUGGCCGCCAGAGGGCACCGCUGUAACACGCUGCUGCUCGCCAAGUCACAUGACUCCACCAAGCAAGACGCUUCUCGUUUUGCAUCCCUACUGUUUGUAAAUGCUUUAAUUUUUAGACCUUUUUAAUAAAUUGUUAACUUAAUUCAGAACUGUGCUGGUAAUCACAAAGAUAUGUAUGGCGAAAUUUGUUCCACUCAAAUAAAUGCAUGUAAUGACUCUA